AUGGGUGAAGACAAAGAUCGCCGACGCAGAUCACGCUCAAGGGAGAAACGGCGUUCUAGAUCUCGUUCCAGAGAGCGUCGUGAAAAGAGAAAAAGCAGAUCUAGAUCUCCAAAUAAAAGGUCUCGCAGACGCAAGCCUUCUCUGUAUUGGGAUGUCCCUCCACCGGGAUUUGAGCAUAUCACGCCGCUCCAAUACAAGGCUAUGCAAGCCGCUGGACAAAUACCAGCAAAUAUUGUCGCGGAUACGCCACAAGCUGCAGUGCCAGUCGUCGGUUCGACCAUAACGCGGCAAGCGCGUAGGCUGUAUGUAGGAAACAUACCGUUCGGCGUCACUGAAGAAGAAACCAUGGAGUUCUUCAAUCAACAAAUGCAUCUCUCGGGUUUGGCACAAGCGGCUGGUAAUCCUGUGUUGGCUUGUCAAAUAAAUUUGGAUAAGAACUUUGCAUUCCUUGAAUUUAGAUCUAUAGAUGAGACAACACAAGCUAUGGCUUUUGACGGUAUAAACUUUAAAGGACAGAGCUUGAAGAUUCGACGGCCACACGACUAUCAGCCUAUGCCUGGUACUGAAAACCCAGCUAUCAAUGUGCCAGCUGGUGUGAUUAGCACAGUAGUUCCAGAUUCACCUCACAAAAUAUUUAUUGGCGGUUUGCCCAAUUAUCUCAAUGAGGACCAAGUAAAAGAACUGCUGAUGUCAUUUGGACAACUUCGAGCAUUCAAUUUGGUGAAAGAUUCAUCUACAGGACUUAGUAAAGGUUAUGCCUUUGCAGAAUAUGUUGACAUUUCUAUGACCGAUCAGGCUAUUGCAGGUCUCAAUGGGAUGCAGCUUGGUGAUAAGAAACUCAUUGUUCAACGAGCCAGUAUUGGUGCAAAGAAUUCUACUUUAGCAAUGACCGGAGCAGCGCCAGUACAGCUGCAAGUAGCAGGCCUAACGCUGGCGGGCGCUGGACCUCCUACAGAGGUUUUGUGUCUGCUCAACAUGGUAACACCCGACGAGUUGCGUGAUGAAGAAGAGUAUGAAGACAUUCUGGAAGACAUCAAGGAGGAGUGUAACAAAUAUGGCUGUGUUCGCAGCAUAGAAAUUCCAAGGCCCAUAGAGGGUGUUGAAGUACCAGGUUGUGGAAAGGUAUUUGUAGAGUUCAACAGUAUUGCCGAUUGUCAAAAGGCACAACAAACUCUUACGGGACGCAAGUUCAGCAAUCGCGUCGUCGUCACUUCAUACUUUGAUCCCGAUAAAUAUCAUCGCAGAGAAUUUUAA